UGUGUGUGUGUGUGUGUGUAGGACCGGCUGUCCUCUCUAGGUAUCUCCUACGUUCUGAGCGUGAGUCGCUGCAGCCCUCAGCCCUCCUUCCUGCCCGGAUCCAGAUACUUACGGAUUCCCAUCGAUGACUCCUUGAGGGACGAUCUUCUGCCCUGGAUCCCACAAGCACUACACUUCAUUGAUGCAGCCAUGUCUUCUGGGGCCUCUGUUUUGGUCCACUGUGCAGCAGGAAUCUCUCGCUCUCCAGCUCUGGCUGUAGCAUACAUCAUGUUCCACCUGGACCUGGACCUGGACCGGGCCUACAGGUUUGUGAAAGAACGUCGUCCUUCAAUUUCUCCAAACUUCAACUUCCUGGGCCAGCUGCAGCACUUCCAGAAGACACUGAACCAGAGGUCUGCUCAUAGUGGGGACUUCUUCUCCCAAUGGGAGGACAACCAGCUGUCCCUCGGUCCCAGGUCCAACUCCAACUCCUCCACCCUUCACGAGGUCAUUGGUGCCUCAUCGCAGCAGACUGACCCAACCCACCAGAGACUUUCAGACAAGAGCGGUGCCGGGCUGCAGAACCCGUGGACUCGGAACCCCUGUGAGAUCAUUAAACCCGUACAACUACAACUCCCAUCAGGCCCUGCUUCUCUGUUAGAGAAAAGGAAAAGCCUCACUCUCUCUCUCACUCCCCUGGGAGUUCCUGCCCCCUCUUUGGCUGCCCCCUCGGCUCCAGAAGCUGCCUGUCUCCACAGCUGGGAGGCAAGAGGAAAGCCCAAGGCAAAGGCCCAGAGCAGCAACACCUCCUGCAGGCCAGCAGAGGACUCCCAAACGAAGCAGGGCCUGCUGUCCCCCCUCAGCAUCACCCUGAACAAACUGUUGGACUGGGGGGAGAGGCUGGUGUUGGGAGGGAUGGUUGUCCCCUCUGUGAGGAUGGGACAGCCUGCGCUGUCAUACAGGUGCUGAGGGGGAGGGGGGCUGAGUCGUUUCCCUACAUGCUUGUCACACCAAACCCUGUAUGUGGCUGAAGAAACUCUCCUUAUUUAUUUAUUUAUUUAUUUACUUACUAAUGUGACAGCGAGAGCUCCAGGUAGAUGUUUCUCCUCCACAGCCUGGUGGGCUUGUGUUCCCUCUGAGAAGUAGCUGCUGGAAUUCAGCAAAGUCUUCAAGGGGCAGUGGACUUUCAGCCCACGUCUACCUUACUGUUGAAUAUUGGCAGCCCGGGGUGUCAAAAGCAGUGGUUCCCAACCAGGGGGCCGCGUUCCCCUAGUGGUCCGUGAGAACAUUACAGGGGGUAUGCAGGAAAAUAAUAUUUCACUACCUAGACGAUGACAGCAUUCGCUGUGCCCUGGUGAAAAAUGAAUAUUGGUCUGGAAUGUGUUAUGCUUGAUUAUAAUGCCAAUAAAGUAAUGCACAGUAA